GUGAGCAUGGGGUUCGAAAACAACCCACGAGCUCAAUGAUCGGUGCACACAAGCACAAAAUUCACGCGCAAACCAAUGGUGUUCGUGAAGCGAAUAAUUAUGACAUUCUGAAUCGUCGCUAAAGUGAACGGGAUUUAUGUGCGAGUGCUCGCACUACUUAGUGGGUGUUGAAGAAAUUAAAUAAAAAAGGAAAGAAAAGAAAAUACAAGUCAAUCGCUAAAUCUCCGGGAUACAAUUAAAAGAUAAAAAUCAAAACAUGUCGGUGCUAUUAGAAGCGAGGUCUUUCAGGCCUUUCAAGUCAUCCGAGGAGUACUUAGUCGCAAUGAAGGAGGAUCUAGCCGAGUGGUUAAAUGCCUUGUAUCCAGAGUUAAGGAUUAACCUGGACAACUUCAUGGAUAGGCUUGACACUGGUGUUCCCCUAUGCAAACACGCGAACAACGUGCGAAAAUCAGCGGCCGAAUACGUGGCAAGGCGGCAGGCUCGAAAGAUCAUGACUCGCUCGAUAACCUCAUCGUUGGCAGUUCCAAUGAGCCAGUUGAGCGAUGUGGCCUUUCUACCAAACGCGAAGGCCGGUACUUUUUUUGCACGGGACAACGUGUCCAACUUCAUCAGUUGGUGCCGCAACAGUCUUGGUAUCAUUGAAUGUCUACUCUUUGAGACUGAUGACUUGAUAAUGCGCAAAAACGAGAGGCACGUGAUACUUUGCCUGUUGGAAGUUGCGAGACGUGGGGCCAAAUUUGGCAUGUUGGCCCCCAUGUUAGUGCAAAUGGAGCGACAAAUCGAUCGUGAAAUCGCUGCCGAGAACAAAGCUACCAAUGGGACCAAUAACGAUGAAAGUGACGAUGAUUAUGCAGAUAUGCAGCAGGAAGAGCCGUGUUUAAUUUAUGGACCACAACCACAAAUUGUCACCAAUGAUUUAAAGAGCCUCGACGAAAUGGUUCGCGAUCUGGUUGAAAGAUGCACGUGUCCAACACAAUUUCCAAUGAUACGUGUUUCCGAGGGCAAAUAUCGUAUCGGGGACACCAAGGUACUCAUCUUCGUGAGGAUCCUUAGAAGUCAUGUGAUGGUACGAGUGGGCGGAGGCUGGGACACCCUCAGCCAUUAUUUGGACAAACACGACCCCUGUCGAUGUCGAACCUCUCAUCGGUCAAUGAUAUCAGCAAAAUUGAUUCAGAAAGCUGGAGGAUCCUUCGAUCUGGGCAGCGCGCAAGUGCAUUAUGAACGAUCACCUCCAAGGACCCGCCGCAGUUCCGCCUCUAGUGUUGGAUCCUGUGCUGGUACUUUACAAUCUCAAAAUCAGCAGCUAUUAUCAUUGCAAAUCCCCAGGAGCAUUUCGAGCAAUCGAUCUCGAUCACCUACUCCAUACCAAGCCAACAGACUUCUCGGUGAAGACGUGAAAAAGAUGGGAAAUCGUUCCAGAAGUCCCACACCACAGAGGAAGUUCCUCACUAAUCAGACACAUCAAUCAGUCGAUGCCGGAAAAUUGAGGUCUCGAUCACCAACACCGAAGACAUAUCCAAGAUCGAGAAGUCCAACUCCAAAGGUGGAAAAUGGCAAACCAUCAUCUCCCAGAAAUCUCGAUCCAACGCGAAAGGCACUUAAUGAAGAAAUUCGACAAGUUAAGUACGAUGGAAGAUCUCAAAUGUAUCACAGCAGACAUCAGGAUAGUUAUCAGGAUCCUAAAAAGGACCUUCACCAAGAGAUCAAGGCAAAGGUGCCACUCUCGGAGGAAUUUUCGAAACGCUACGUCGUGGAUGGUGGUGUUGCUCGUAGAACAACAGACAAAGAUGACACUCCAAAGUAUGAGUCAACAAUUUACAAUUAUAAAUGUCAAGAAUAUUCAUCGAGUCGUAGUCCAACACCAAGUCCUCCCGUCAAGGACGAAACGAGUGAAUCUUUCGGAAAAGAAAGUCCCCAGUAUCCCAAGUCACCGCACGGCGAUGGUGAACACUCCGACAACGGUAGCGAGGUCUCCGAUGAAGGUUACCGAAGUUUAGGCGCUGUACAAACAUCAACAACGAAUGUUAGUACGGGAACCGGUACUCAAGUGUCGCCCACGGUUGUCGACUGUCACAAACAACCGAAAGCAGAUCAAGGAAGAUCAUGCGUUGAGACGGAAAGUAUUGAGACCGGUUUACGUAAAAUAAGAAUAGGCCCUCCGAGUCCUUUAAGAGCAUCUCCAUCCAGAAGUGCAGCUUCUUCAUCAGGUGAUCAAACACCAAGAGCAGGUUCUAUCGCUCGAGAAAAUAGUAACCUCUCGAAAGCAUCAUCAGGCAGCAGAACACCUAGAGAAGGAAACUCAAGUCCUGAGUCAAGUCCUAUAAAACGCAAAGGUAUCCGUGAUAGCGUCAAAAAACCACCGACUGGAAGUCUCAGUAAGGCUUCUGCUGUUCCUAAAUCACUUCAAAGUUCAUCUAACGGCAGGAACACCUGGAAUGGCCGUCAAGUCAGACAAAGACCUAGGCUGCAAGCUGAUACAUUUUCUGCUUCUCAAAAUUCCAAUUUCUCCAGGAAGAAUCCUGUUAGACAAAGUUUACCAAAGCCGUCAAAUGGGCCACAAUAUGAUAGAAAUGGACGUCGAAUUCGUCCAGCAACAUCAUCACUACAAUCGUCACCAACGAAAAACGCUAAUCCUUUGUUAGAGCAAAUUCUCCAAAAGGUGGGACAUUUACAGGAUGAUCAACAGGUUGUUCAAAAGCUACAGGACUUUCUGCGGGAUUACAAGGGUCAUGGUUCUGGGCCAGAGGGUGAUCCUACACUCGAUUUUACAAGAGCGUGGGUUGAUGGUAAUGGAAUUGUCGAACUACCAACUGAAAUCUCUAAUUCCAUUAGUCCCAGAAAAGAUCCAAAAUCCACAGUGGAAAGAGGAAAUUUUUCAAAAAUACCUGCACCAAUUUAUAAGAGGCCUGUGUCCGUUGCUUCCGAUAGUAUCUGACCCAUUGGUAGAAUUCCGAGGACGUGAGAUUAAAGGUACUUGGAAUCGAGGCUGGUGCUUCCGAAUUCAUCAUUGAAUAAGGGUUUGCCUUGACCGAGAAAAUAACACAAACCUUAACUCAUCGAACAUAAGGCAGAUAGGAAUCCACACAAUGUAAUUUUUAGUUUUCGAUAAUUUGAAUAUCACGCUAUUGUAUAAAAAUAAUAAAUUCUUUUAACUCGGUGUUCCAAUUUUGAAACUUACGCUUUCUGGGUUAAAUGAUCCGUUUAUGAAAAGGUUGGUGACAUCCUAAAAAUUUAAUUUUCGACUGGUGCUUUUAGAUUUAACACUUUUAAAAAAUCAAAAUUAGGAAAAAAGUAAAAGACGAAUAGUGAAUUUGUUCAUCCAUAAAAAGAUCAUGUUAAGAAUAUAAAGAUUCAAAUUUGUAAAUUCCACAAAUUAGUAUUUUAAAAUAAAUAGACGCAAUGAAUGUACAAAUUCACUCAUGGAGAAUGUAGCAUCUGAUGUGCAACAAUGGAAAUGAGAAUGGUUAAUUAAGAGUGAUAAAGUGGAAUUUAAAUAAAAUAUUCCCCUAAUUAUUAUUCAAUUUAAAUUUAUAAUAAAUAAUAUUAUAACACAUUAUGUUACAGUUGCAUGAAAAUCUAUUGUUGUACAUUGGUUCAUUUUGCGCAUUUCUCAUAGUGCAAAUGUUUAAUGAAUACAAUGCGCGACUAGGGACGUUUAUAGCCAGUCAAGUGCGUUAAUAGCGUUCCGAUCGGCUUCCAAUGUAUUUUUGAUUGCAGACCGAGUGGUUUAAAAUCGAUGACCCAUGAUAGGCGAGUAGAAACUUUCUAUUAUGACUACAAUUCUUGUAUAAAAGAAUUAUUUUGAGAUUUUAGUAAUAAAAAACUAAUUUCUAUUUUAUUAAAUAAAGUUACAAAAAAUACUGUUACGACAAGUAGAUUAUUUUCUACGAGCCUUUAUUUUAAGCGUGUUCUGUUAUUAUGAAAGGUCUGCAAUUAUUAAAAUCAUUAAUAAAACCAAAGAUAAAACAAUUCCAACAAUUUGAGCUAGUAUUUUCAUAUUAAAUUGCUGGUUUGCUUGAUCUAUGGUUUUUUCAUUGAUUACAAUGAGGACGAUAAUCGUUUAUAGAAAUUAUUUAUUUAUAUAGUCUAUCGGUUGUAUUUAUUAAAGACAAUUUAUUUACUCGUUGUAACCUCGUUUUUAAGCACUAAAAAUAAUAGUGCAAAAAAUUAGGUAUAAGUUGAUGAGAGUAAAAAAAAGUUGUUAACGGAAAGGAUUCUGACACGCGAAAAUAAUAGUAUUUUAAGUAUACUAUGCAUUAUCAAAAAUAACCCCAACAGACUGCGUAGAUAGUAUAUAUCCACGACAAAAAAAACGCCAUUCCAAUGUUUUAAAUGUCUUUUUUAUACCAAAAGCAAAUGUAGACCAUUUUUACCAAGUGUCUUAUUGUUAUUAGUAAUGAGAGUCAGUUGUUGGAAAAUCUCCAUAUUUAGAGACAGAAUUCAUUCUGACCACACGAGUUUUAAAUUUAGAAGUAAAAAAUAUGUGUUGACGUGAUAAGUAAAAGACAAGUGGGCGAAUCGAUAGCAAGAGCCUAAACUAUUUUUUUAGUAACUAUAGAGAAUUGAUGAUCAUGUAAGUGUAAAAAAGCGGAGAAAAAUCUUUCUCGCAAAUUUGGCAAGACUAUUCUUUAAUAAUCAAUAACAAAUAGCGAUUAAUCAAAUUUUUUGAUUGAAUACACAAAUAAACAUUAUUUUAGUACAAACAGCAUCUUCAAAAAAUAAAACGAAAAUUAGCUCAAAAUUCGUAAAUAUUAAAAAAAUCUUGUCAAAUUCACGAGUUGGAGUGAUUUUAGAUACUCCAUUAACUUUCGAGAGUGUAGUAUUUUUUUAAAGGAUAGUGCUCACAAAAUCUACAACAAAUAAUCAGUUAAAUUAUUAUUGAUCUAAAAUGCAUGCCGAAGCUUUACAUUUGCAGUUCACAUAUUAAUUGUGUCAAUAUAUAAAUAUCAAUUUUUGUGCUCAUAUGAUUAUCAUCAACUAUUACAAAUUACGAUUAUUUCUUUUUAAAUAUUACAAUUAUUACCGCGAUAAUUAUUGCUAUUAUUAAUAUUAAUAUACGCGAUGUUGCCUAUUUUAUGUUAUAAUUUUAUCUACGUCAAGUUGUAAACUGAACAAAUGAGCAUUAAAUAAAAACAUUGAAAAACC